CGGCCCGGGCGGGAGAGGUCAGAGCCGGCGGCCGUGGGGAGGCCGAGAGAGCACGGAGAGGGGUUCCCAAAAUGUGGCACUGACGUCCAGCCCCCUCCCUGCCCACCAUGGCCGCUCACCUGGUGCGACGCUGCUGCUGGAGGCAUCUGGGGGCUUUCCUCUGCCCCUCCUCAGCCAUCCCGGCCUCUCUGCUGGCCGGGAAGCUGGCCACGACAAGAAGAGCUCUGCCUCAUCCACCUCUCUCUUCCUUUCACACCUCAAGCCCUUGGAGGUGGGCAGAUGGCUUCUCAGUCAAAGAGCAGGUGGAAGAGAGUGGAAACGCUGAGUACAAGGUGAUCGAGGAACUAAUUGAGACAGCAUCAACUCCUCACGAACUCUUGCAGCUGAGUGAGCUGCACUCUCUGAACAGCAACCAGGCCUCGCUGAUCAUCACUCAGCUUUCCCGGCUCACAGCAGAGAAAAAGCUGGAGGCAGGGAGCAUUCUGCAGGAUGGACGCUUCCAGCAGCUCAUCAGCAUCACAGACUCACAGAUUUCUCAGGUGUGGAAUAACACCUUGGUGAACCUCCUGAAGAGCCUCUACUGCCUGGGCCUGGACAGCAGCAGCAGGGAGAUGCAGUCGGUGGAGCAGGAGGUGCUGUGGCGGCUGCGGCGGCUCAGCUUCAGGCAGCUCAGCUCCCUGGCAGAGUUCCUGGCACCCAGGGAGAGCAAGGACAGCAAACUGCUCUCUGAGCUCAUCAAGAAGCUGGAGCUGCGUUGGACGGAGCUGGAGGGCACCCGGAGCGUGGUGGCCAUGAUGGGCAAGGUCGGGCACAUCUCCCCGGCUCUCAUGGACCGGCUGGAGGACAAGGCUCUGGAGCUGGCUGAGCAGUUCAGCCCCGAUGACGUCCGGAAGAUAACCUUGGCUCUGGCCUACCAGAACCGCCGCUGCGUGCCUCUGCUCCGGGCCCUGUCCUACCACCUCGUCCAGAAGCACUCAGAGCUCAGCCUCAGCGUCCUCAUGGACCUCAUUUUUGCCUAUGGAAAACUGAAUUUCCACCAGCCCCAGGUGUUCCAGAAGAUAGCCACGGAGCUGCAGCCCCUCGUGCCCAGCAUGACGCCCCUCGAGCUGACGCGCUGCACCAGAUCCUUGGCCCUCCUCAAGUGGCUCAGCCUGCCGCUCUUCGAGGCCGUGGCGCAGUAUGCCCUGGACAAAACCAAGCAGCUGUCGGUCACACACCUCUGUGGUAUCAUCCUGUCCUUUGCUCGCCUCAACUUCCAGCCCAGCAACAGCGAGGACUUCUUCAGCAUGGUCCACGAGGAGCUGCAGGGGCAGCUGGCCAGGCUGGAGCCUCCCCUGCUGACCGAGCUGGUGUGGUCCCUGUGCGUGCUGCAGCAGGCCAAGGCUCCCUACCUGCAGCAAGUGCUGGCGCCCGACUUCCACGCAGGGAUCCGAGGCGACCAGUCCCCCAAGGCUCAGAGCUUGUUGCUGAAGCUGAUCCACAUCAACGCCGCUGCGCACCUGGAGAGCCCCGGCUACAGGGGCCCGUUCCUGCCCACGGCAGCGCUGGGGGCCACGGCUCAGGUGGCAGGGGACAGGCUGACCCUGCUGCAGAGCAGCCUGAGAGAGGCCCUGGCCAGGCUGCUGGGGAGCCCCCAGCUCGGCCGCUUCAACGUCCGCACGCUCUACGGGUGGAAUGUGGAUGCCGAGGUGGUGGUGAACGGUGAGAACAAACCUCUGCCUGUGAAGGACUUUGCUGCUCCCCAUCUGCUCUGCUCUGAAGGGACGAAGCCGCUGCCACCGGGUGCCAGGAGGGUCGCGUUCCUGCGCUGGGAGUUCCCCAACUUCAGCAACCGGAGCAAGGAGCUGCUGGGGCGCUUCGCCAUGGCGCGGCGGCACCUGCAGGCUGCCGGCUUCCUCGUGGUGGACGUUCCUCACUACGAGUUCCUGGAGCUGAAGCUGGAGCGGCAGCGGGUGUCGUACCUGCGGGACAAGCUGCACAAGGCCGUGGCCAAGGAGCUGGUGAACUCCCCGCACUGAGGCUGCGGCCCCGGCCCCGCCGCCCCCCGGCCCGGGGCUGCACCGAGGGGUCGGCAGCGCUCUGCCCUCGGCUCCGCCCCCGCCCCGCCUGCCCAUAAAGAACCGGCUCGGC